GCCGUUUCCUUAGAAGGAGAAGCCCUAGGCCUGGCCUCUAGCCCGUGGGGAGUUCGUGGUGCGCCCCGCGCGCCCCUCGCGGCCACCAGCACUUCUGCGAGCGCGGAAAGACUGCGGACCCGCGCUCCGGCUCCUCAGGCCGGCGCCGGGGCGGGGCGCGCACUCGCCGGUUUGAAUGGAAGGGUCUAGACCGGCGGAGGCAGCGGCCAGCCAGUCCUGAACCAGGGCUCUCCGCGGCCCGGCGCGCCAUGCGGCUGGAGAGGUGAGCCGGGCGGGCGUGGCGCGCGUCCCUGCGAUGCCGCGCCAUGGGAACGGCGAGGACGGGGACAAACACCCGAGCUGCUGGGUGCUCAGGUGCGGUGCCCCCCGCCUGCGUGCCAGCCAUGGAAGUGUUGCGGCGCUCUUCUGUCUUCGCCGCGGAGAUCAUGGACGCCUUUGAUCGCUCGCCCACCGACAAGGAGCUGGUGGCCCAGGCCAAAGCGCUAGGCCGGGAGUACGUGCACGCGCGGCUUCUUCGCGCCGGCCUCGCGUGGAGCGCGCCCGAGCGCCCAUCUCCAGCCCCUGGUGGACGCCUGGCUGAGGUGUGCACGGUGCUACUACGCUUGGGGGAUGAGCUGGAGCAGAUUCGGCCCAGCGUCUACCGGAAUGUGGCCCGGCAGCUGCACAUCUCUUUGCAAUCUGAGCCUGUGGUGACCGAUGCGUUCCUGGCUGUCGCAGGCCACAUCUUCUCUGCAGGCAUCACCUGGGGCAAGGUAGUGUCCCUGUAUGCAGUGGCUGCAGGGUUAGCAGUGGACUGUGUGAGGCAGGCUCAGCCUGCCAUGGUUCAUGCCCUGGUCGACUGCUUGGGGGAAUUUGUACGAAAGACCCUGGCAACCUGGCUUCGAAGACGUGGUGGAUGGACCGAUGUCCUCAAGUGUGUGGUCAGCACGGACCCUGGCCUGAGCUCCCACUGGCUUGUGGCCACACUCUGCAGUUUUGGCCGCUUCCUGAAGGCUGCUUUCUUUGUGCUGUUGCCGGAGAGAUGAGUUUCCCACUGAGGCAGGGGCCACUCUCAGGACCCCUGGGCUCAACUCAAGGAGCCCAAAGCACUUGGAAAACAUCCCCCUAUCCAAGCUGGGACCACCCAGCCCCCAGGGCCCAACCCCAAAUCCUGUUCCUUUGUGUAUCCUGGUCUCUGGGAAGGGUGAGUAGAGAAGGCUGUCUCUGAGCCUAAAGCAAGCCUCAGUAUCUGCUGUAGCCCUUGUCCUGGAACUCCUGCCAGAAAGUCAGGGUCAGUGCCAGGCCCUAGAGGAUGGGACCUGGGAACACUUUCACUUGAUGUCCCAAGUCCCCACCCAGGAAGGGGCCUUCCUAGGACAUGAGCUGGCCUCGGUCCUUGUGGGCAUCAGGCCCUGUACAUUUGAUCUGUAGGUGACUCUAGCCGAACCAGGAGGAGCCAGGGGCCCUUAGUGGCCCUACACAGGGCAGAAGGUACCUAUGCAGUUGCUUAGGCCAUCUCUAGAGGGAGAAGGUAUCCCUGAUCCAUGAUGGUCCCUUUGUGACAGGGAUCAAGGGUAUGAGGCUUCAGGCCAACUCAUCUGACAGUGUACAGUAGAUCUUGUGAAUGAGAAGGCUGGCCUACACAAGUUGCAUCCAAUAAAGUUUCACCCAGUGGAGGGUGAACAAAACCCCA